AUGUUCUCCUGUUCAUUAGCACGCACGGCUGCUCUGAGGGCAGCUCCGUUGCUUGCCCGCCCAAACUCACGAUGCCUCCUUCGUCGAAUCGCUACGGGGACUCAAGCAGCCGAUACUAGGAAGCUACCACUUGCAGGCGUGCGAGUGUUGGAUAUGAGCCGGGUGCUUGCAGGGCAGAGAUCAUCAAAAUUGAACACCCCAUCCGAGGUGACGAUACCCGUGCCUGGGGCCCACCCUUUGCAGCUUAUACGGACGGUCGAGCUGGCAAUGGUGAAAGUGCAUAUUACCUUUCGGUAUGUAUCUAGUCAAUCCGUUAGCUCGGAACAGCAGAAUUCAGAGCAGCCAACUGAGCUUCGUCAGGUCAACCGCAACAAAAAGUCCCUCGGUCUUUCUUUCGCACACCCCGAAGGUGUCGAAAUCCUUCAUCAACUCGCACGAGACUGCGACGUGGUAGUGGAAAACUACCUCCCAGGUUCUCUGAAGAAGUAUAACCUCGACUAUGAGUCUUUGCGCCAGAUUAAUCCUCGCCUCAUCUAUACCAGUAUCACGGGGUAUGGGCAGACAGGUCCUUACAGUAACCGACCCGGUUUCGAUGUGAUGGUCGAGGCCGAAUUUGGCUUGAUGCACCUGACCGGUACUCGAGAUGGGCCACCUGUGAAGGUUGGGGUAGCUGUUACCGAUUUGACAACGGGGCUGUAUGCGUGUAAUUCCAUCAUGGCGGCCUUGAUUGCACGGGCGACUAACGGCGAAGGACAGCACCUGGAUGUCUGUUUGAGUGAUUGCCAGGUGGCGACGCUUGCUAAUAUGGGAGAGUCGGUGCUUAUUAGCGGGAAGAAAGACUCUGGGAGAUGGGGAACUGCACACCCUUCUGUGGUUCCAUAUCAAGCAUUCAAGACUUCUGACACCGAUAUCUUUGUCGGGGGCGCCAAUGACCGGUUAUUCGGGAUCCUGUGUGAUAAGCUUGGAAAGCCGGAGUGGAAGACUGAUUCUCGAUUCGCUACCAACAGUGAUCGCGUCAACAAUCGAGAAGAUCUCGAGCCGCUGAUUGAAGGCGAGUUGAUGAAGGAAACAACAGGGGUAUGGCAGAAUAGGUUCGAAGGAAGCGGGCUGCCCUUUGCGGUUGUCAAUGACAUUCAGGGAACUAUGAACCAUGAGCAUGUGAUUGCGCGUGGAAUGGUUCAAUCUAUUGAUCAUCCGGCCUGUGGGUCGAUCAAGGUCAUUAGCCCUCCCGUUAAAUACUCGAAUGCUGAGCCUAGUAUUCGAAGCCCGCCCCCACUUCUUGGAGAACAUACCGAGGAGCUGUUGAAAGAUAUUGGACUUGAUACCGUGCGGAUUGAGGAGUUGAAAAAGAAGGGUGUAGUUGCAUAG